AUGACCACGGGUGCUGAUCUGUCUGAUGGACCCGCUUACUGUGCCAAACGUCGCUCCCGCACACACAUGACGGCGCCAGGACACGCCAACGCCCUCGAUGGCCCGACACAGGACCCUGGACGCCCCCCGCCAAUCAGCCCGCGGCGGAAUUCAAUGCACCAGAAAAGUCAUGGCAUCAAUGACUGCAUCGCUCUUUCUUUCCUCCCACUUCACCUUGCCCUCAUGGCGUCCAUAUUCCAGGCAUUUCCACAGCUGCGAACGGCAGCACCACGCCUCUCACGGCGACUGUUUGUGAGCACGCCGUGCCUCAAUUCACCGAUUCGAUCCUCACUCGCCGCAUCGCGAUCCUGCGCACCCCGGCCGUCCAUCUCGCAAUCGGUGAGAUGGAAGUCGACCCAGCCGCUGCGGAGUAGUGCGACAAUUGGCGCACCGCAUGUCGGAGCACCAGUGCUCGAGGCAGCUGCGAGGGACGCGGCCCAGGCGAGCAGCUUCCCGCAGACGUCGUCGAAGAGCGUUGCAUACUGGCUGCUGGGGAGUGCAGCGAGCGUCUUCGGCAUCGUCGUGUUUGGAGGUCUGACGCGCCUCACAGAGUCAGGACUGAGCAUCACCGAAUGGCGUCCUGUCACGGGCUCGCUGUGGCCCGGCAGCCAGGAAGAGUGGGAGAGCGAGUGGACCAAGUACAAGUCGUCGCCCGAGUUUGCCCAGCUCAACUCGAGCAUGACCCUGCCCGAGUUCAAGCAAAUCUACUUUAUGGAGUGGGCGCACCGCCUGUGGGGCCGAGUCAUCGGCGUCACCUUCCUGAUCCCCACCGCCUACUUCAUCGCCCGCAAAAAGGUCGCGCCCUCCAUGGCACUGAAGCUUGUCGGCAUCUGCGGCAUGAUCGGCUGUCAGGGCCUCAUCGGCUGGUGGAUGGUCAAGAGUGGUCUCAAGGACGACCUGUUCGACCCCGGCAGCCAUCCGCGCGUCAGCCAGUACCGGCUCACGGCCCAUCUCGGCGCGGCCUUUACCGUCUACUGUUCCAUGGUCCUGGCCGGCCUCUCGAUCCUCAAGGAACAUCAUCCUGCAAAGGCCGCUGAAAAGAUCAAAACGCUUCAGCAUCCCGCCUUGCGCUUCUUCCGCGGCUCCGUCACCGGUCUUGUAUUGCUGGUCUUCACUACCGCCAUGUCGGGCGCCCUCGUCGCUGGACUUGAUGCUGGCCUCAUCUAUAACGAGUUCCCGUGGAUGGGCAUUGGCCUCGCACCACCAAAGAAGGAGCUAUUCGAUCCCUUCUACAGCCACGUGCCAGAUCAGUCUGAUCUGUGGUGGCGCAACAUGCUCGAGAACCCAUCGCUCGUCCAGCUUGACCAUCGCAUGCUGGCCACAACCACAUUCACUGCUAUCAUCUCGUUGUUUGCUUACACUCGCUUCUCCAAGGGCGUUCGCAGCAAGCUUCCCAAGGACGCCCGGAAUGGUGUCCUCGGCGUUGUCCACCUCGUGUCACUGCAGGUCGCUCUUGGUAUCAGCACACUGAUCUACAUGGUUCCCACUUGGCUGGCUUCAGCACACCAAGCUGGCGCCCUCGCCCUCCUGACUGGUGCCGUUGUGCUCUACAGUCGCAUCUCCAUGCCCAGGCGGGCGAUUCUACGCCAGAUCAUGGCGCCGCAUGCCGUUCGCACCUCAGCGGCACCGCACAUCAAUGCUCGACUUGGGGCUACAAAUGCCACCCAGAAGAGUUUGUAA